UCAUAGAGAAGAAAAAGGGAUCCAUCUUGGGGACCGUGAGUAGAACAAAUCCAUCGAGAGCAAGAAACAAGAGAGAAGAAACGAAAGGAAAAUGAAUGUACGGUGGUUAGAAGCAGUACUUCCACUAGGAAUCAUAGCUGGUUUCCUUUGCGUUAUGGGUAACGCUCAGUAUUUCAUCCACAAAGCUGCUCAUGGCCGUCCGAAGCAUAUUGGAAAUGACAUGUGGGAUGUGGCAAUGGAAAGGCGAGACAAGAAAAUGAUGGAGAUGCUUGCUUCUCCUUCAUCUUCUUCAUCUUAGGCGAUGUUAACUCAUUAUAUGGAGAACUGUGUUUGGGAAUAAAAUGGUCUAUGAGGCUGGAGAUCAUGUGCAAAGUACUUUAAUAUCGUCUUUCUUGUCCUGUUGCUGGUUUUCCAUAGCCUAUGAACUUUAUAACAAUGAGACUGUUGUGAAAUGCUUCUUUGUUGAGUCUGGUGCAGUUAUUGGUUUA